AAAUAGAAAAUCAAUAAAAUAUAAAUAAAAAAAGAAAAUUUAAAUUAGUGUAUGAUGUGUCCCUGUUGCUUUAACAGAUUCAAAAAAUGCAAAAUUCAUAAAAAAAGCUAAUCUUCACUAGAUCUAAUAUAAUAUAGAUUCUAGGGGUAUAAUGACAAAGAUGAUUUUUCAUCUGAGUUAGUCAUUGACUAAAACACAUAUUUAUUAGGCUUACCCACAAACAAUUAAGUAUUAAGUUAAGAAUUUUAAAAUGCUCUAAAAAGUUCAAUUUAUUAUUAACUGGGUGAUUAUUUUUCUGCUGCAUCUACUGCAUUUUAAUCUGUAUAAACUUAUCUCAGCUCAUCUGAUUCCUUAUUAGAUUAAACUAAUUUCUAGAAAAAAAAAGUAUUUAGUUUUUUGCUUAUUGGUAAAGAUAGGAUAUAAACCUAUUCAAAUAUUCCCACUUAUGGUAUUGUGAUGAAAGAUGAUAUUAUUGAAGCUUUUUCUCAUCAAACAGAUGAUUAGUCAAGUUAAUCCUACUUUUAAUCUUAUAACCUUACUGAUAAUAGAAAUAGAAGUAAAAGUAAUAUUAUAAUAUUUGGAAGUAAAAUAGAAAAAUUUAAAGAUAAACUUCUUCUUUCAGAAUUAACAUCAAAUGAUUCUAUAUAAAAAAAUUAAGAUUAGCAAUAAUAACAAAAGUAAUAAUAUGAAAUAUCAUAUAGCUCAAUACAUGAUGACACAGAAAACUAUUUAUCUACUUAUUUCACAUAAUUUAAUGGCAUGAUUUAAGAAAGCUACAACCCUUCUGGAUAUGUAUUAAAACUUUAAAAAUGA